CCAUUGAUUCAGGGUCUCAACAUCUUGAUUCCAUUCCUGGACAGGAUAAAAUUCGUUCAAAAUUUGCGAGAAAUCGCUAUUGAAAUUCCACAACAAGGUGCUAUCACUCUUGACAACGUUCAACUUCAGUUAGACGGUGUACUCUAUUUGAGGGUUUUCAACCCAUAUCGGGCUUCGUAUGGUGUAGACGAUCCAGAGUUUGCUGUCACUCAGUUGGCUCAGACAACUAUGAGGUCUGAGGUAGGAAAAAUCAGUUUGGAUACUGUAUUCAAAGAACGAGAGCAACUGAACGUGAACAUAGUUGAGGCGAUCAAUAAGGCGGCUGAACCGUGGGGAAUUAAGUGUAUGCGAUACGAAAUCAGAGACAUGCAUAUGCCUGAAAAGAUCCAGGAAGCUAUGCAAAUGCAGAGAUUCUACCCAUAUGUUAAGGUAGAAGCUGAACGUAAAAAGCGCGCAGCAAUUCUGGAAUCCGAAGGUCUUCGAGAAUCAGCUAUAAAUAAGGCAGAAGGAUUGAAAAAAGCAGCUAUUCUAGCAUCUGAGGCCAGGGAAGCAGAACAGAUUAACAUUGCUCGUGGUGAAGCUGAGGCUCUUCGAAUAAAUGCUGAAGCAAAAGCUCAGGCUAUUGAAAGGAUAGCUACAGCUCUCAAUCAGAAGGGUGGUGAAGGAGCUGCCAGCCUAUCGGUGGCGCAACAGUAUGUUGAAGCAUUCCAACACCUCGCGAAGGAGACGAACACCGUCAUUUUACCAGCAAGUUUGAGCGAGCCAAGUUCGAUGGUAGCGCAAGCCCUCACUUUAUAUGAAAGUAUAGGGAAGAGACAGUCCAAGCAAACUAGUACGAAUAAAUCCGAAUGA